AUGUGUCAAAUUAAAGAAAAUGAAGCUUUAAAAAAAGAAGAGAAAGUCAGAGUAUAUUAUGAUGAUUUGAGAAUGAUAGAAUCUAGAAAUUACGAAAAUAAGGAGGAAAUAGAACAACAAACCCUAAAAAAUGAACUUAAUUUAGAUUAUAAAAAGGCGAUCACAGAGCAAAUACAGGAAAACAUUAUCGAAAAACAACGAGAGUUAUCACUAAAAAAUAAUCCUAUUGAAAUUGAACGCAAAAAAUUCGAUAAUACAAAUAAGCGUAUAGAGGAGUAUUUGAUGGAAAUUGAUAAGCGAAAUAAACAACAGGAAGAAUUUAAAAACCAAAAGAAAGUAGAAAAUGACAGAAUUUAUAAUUGCUUAGUUGAUAAUUUAGCAUCAUUAACGUCUCAUACAUCGAAAAAUAUCGAAGUGCAAAAUAAACUCAUUUACGAAGAACAGCGAAGUGCUACUUGGUUGGCAGAGAAAAAAGAAAAAGAUUCGAAAAUUCUGCAACGGGACAAUAUGCUGAAACAAAACGAAAUGCAAUUAAACAUUAAAAAAGACAAAAAGAAAGCAGAGAAAGAAAAAGAUUAUGAUCUAGUCAAAAUAUUAUUGCAAAACUUAAAAGUCUUUAACGAAGUAGAGGAGAAAAAAAACGCGGAGCGACGGCAAAAGAUGAUCAACUAUGGAAAAGAGUUAAAAAUGUCGAUCGACCAGAAAGCAGAUCUGAGACAAAGACAGAAAAAGGUUGCGAUGAACGAAUUUUCGGAGGCUGUUAAAUUGGAGGAGCUGAGAAUGGGUGAAAUGAAAAAGGAACAGACAACUAUUGUUAAAGAACAUAUGGAAAAUCUUGUAGGAUUUUUCCCACCGACGGCAAGAGAUCAAUAUAAUAUGAAAUAA